CACCUCGGGGCUCCAUCUCCUCCUCCUCCUCCUCUUCCUCCUCCUCCUCGUGGAGCUCUAAUCCCCGCAGACUCGGAGCUGAGCGCCAGCAGCCAACAGGAGUUGCUUUGUCCGUGCUGACUUGGCGUUCCCUGCUUCCACUCUGGAGGAGAUGGGGCGCAAGGAAGAGGAAGACAGCGGCUCCUGGAAGAAGCAGACCAGCAACAUCCGCAAAACCUUCAUCUUCAUGGAGGCGCUGGGAUCAGGUGCCUUCUCAGAAGUUUUCCUGGUGAAGCAGAAAAGCACUGGCAAGCUCUUUGCCUUGAAGUGCAUCAAGAAGUCUCCUCUCAACAGGGACAGCAGCUUGGAGAAUGAAAUAGCAGUGCUGAAAAAAAUAAAGCACGAAAACAUCGUGACUUUAGAAGACAUUUACGAGAGCACAACCCACUUCUACCUGGUCAUGCAGCUGGUGUCGGGGGGAGAGCUGUUUGACAGGAUCUUGGAGCGGGGCGUUUACACGGAGAAGGACGCGAGCCUGGUGAUCCACCAGGUGCUGACAGCUGUGAAAUACCUGCACGAGAACGGCAUCGUGCACCGCGACCUGAAGCCUGAGAACCUCCUGUACCUCACCCCCGAAGAGAACUCCAAAAUCAUGAUCACGGAUUUUGGCUUGUCGAAAAUGGAGCAGAACGGGAUCAUGUCCACGGCCUGUGGGACUCCAGGAUAUGUGGCUCCCGAGGUGCUGGCCCAGAAGCCCUACAGCAAAGCCGUGGACUGCUGGUCCAUCGGGGUCAUCACCUACAUCCUGCUCUGUGGGUACCCUCCCUUCUACGAGGAAACCGAAUCCAAACUCUUUGAAAAGAUUAAGGAAGGCUACUACGAGUUCGAGUCUCCGUUUUGGGACGAUAUCUCCGAGUCAGCCAAGGAUUUCAUCCGACACUUGCUGGAGAAGAACCCCAGCGCGAGGUUCACCUGUGAGGAGGCCCUGCGGCACCCGUGGAUUAAUGGAAACACAGCCCUUCACCGUGACAUCUACCCAUCUGUCAGUGCUCAGAUCCAGAAAAACUUUGCAAAGAGCAAAUGGAGGCAAGCCUUCAACGCCGCGGCCGUGGUGCACCACAUGAGGAAGCUGCACAUGAGCGGCCACGGGGCAGCCGAGGGCUCUGUCCCUGCCACAGACACCUCAGAGCCCCCCAGGCCCUGCAGCCCCACGGGGGCCCCCCUGCCAGCAGCGCCAAGCGAUGACAAGGACACAGCACAGGGCCCCUCACAGGGGCACCCAAACCCACCCAAACCUGAGCAGGACGUGGAAAUGGAGGAGGAAAAGCUGCCAAGCCUUCCAGAGGAAGGUUUCCUGCCCGGGGACAGCAGCCUGGCCCUGCCGGACACCCACAGCCCCCCAGAGGAGGGACCUCCACCCAGGGACAGCAGCCUGGCCCUGCCGGACACCCACAGCCCCCCGGGCAGGAGCUCCUGUGGCUGCAGCCCCUCCUGUGUGGGCCAUGAGAAGACAAAGACGUCCUCCUGCUCCGAGACAGCGCUGCUCAAAAAGUCUUCAAAAUCCCAUCAUUUCAAGUCAGAGGUUCUUGUUCCGAUGAAAACCAGUAAACACUCGUCUCACUGCGGCACUGGGCAAACUGGAGUUUGUUUGAUGAUGUGAUGGAGGCAGCCACGUGGUCAGAGAACCAGAAGGGCUCUUUUACUCUUUCCUGCACUUCAGAGCCAGGCACCGCCAGUGUGAGCAGAAAAGGAGGCUCUGCCCCGCCAGCAGCUCUCCGGAGCAGUGCCCAGCUGGGGACGGGGGCACAGCAGUGCCAGGAUCCAUCACCGCAGGGAGCUCGGGGCGUUUCUGGAUCACUGCAGCUGGGAGGAGGCGAGGGAAGGUCUGAGGCUCCUGCUCCCACACCCAGUGUACAUUACCAUAGGGCAUCAUCAGCUUCUGUUUUCUGUACCCUGUUUAGUUGUCAACGCACAACAGCAACCCCACAGACCAAAGCCGUGCAGAGCUUUACUCCCGUGGCAGCUCAGUUGGUUUUACGACCCUCACCCUCUCCUCUCCUCGGGUUUGGUUAGUGCCAGGCUUUGGCACUCUGGAGUUCAGCUGCCCAGCCCUCAGUGCAGCUGCAACAGGAGAGAGAACCUGCUAGAAACCUCCCCGUGUCUGACAAUAACACAGCAAGGUCUGAGCUCCGCUUCCAAGGCUGUAAUUGCACAACAAACACUUGCUUAAUAAAGCUGAGAUUUGUUUUGUAGGCUGCCUCUUGG